AUGGCGUCAGCGCCAGACUGGAUGAUCAUCGGCACGGCCAACAAGCGCAAGGAGAUGGGCGACACCUCGGACGCCCAGGAGAACAAGAAGGGGCGGCUGGCCGAGCAGGACAUCCUCGGUACUCUGCUGUCCCAGGCCAACCGGUGCAGCAACGUCUUGAGACUGCUGGACACGGCCGAGGAGAGCGGCACGGUGUACCUGCGCCUGGAGCUGUGCAGCUGCGACCUGCUGCGGUUCGCGGGCGCCCAGCCAGGCGGCGUCCUCGCGGAGCCGGAGGCGGCCCUGUGGGGAGCGCAGCUGAUGGCGGGCCUCAGGGACAUCCAUGCGCUCGGCGUGCUGCACCGGGAUGUGAAGCCCGAGAACCUGCUGCUGACGCCUGGCGGCACCCUGAAGGUGGCCGACUUCGGCUGGUGCGCCUACAUCAGGGACUCGCCCUGCACUCUGGCAGGCACGUUCCAGUACAUGGCCCCAGAGAUCCUAGAGCAGCGGGCCGUGCAGACGGAGGCCGUGGACGUGUG